GUGUGCCGUGUGCGUGUUGAGGCUGCGUCCUGCCCCUUGGUUGAAGGUCUGUACCUGCAGGAAGCAGACAGUAUGCUGCAGCUGCUGUGCGCCCCCUCACAGCACCGCACGGACAUACUAGCGUGGAUCUGCAGCAGUAUCAGCCCAAGCUUCACCAGUUCAAAGCCGAUGUCAGUGAGAUCCAAGGAGCCUGAUGUUCUGACUAAAGAUAUGGCUGUUCUUGGGCAGGAACUUUUGCUAUGCCGAGCAUCUGAUGUGGACCUGAUUAGGGGUGAUGCAAGUCCACGGCGGCAACUUCAGUUUCUGGAGCAGCUUUUAGCUUUCGUCCCAGGCUGCGUGAAGUCUGCUGGGCACACAGCUGAUGGAGAGCUGCUGCUGAAGGAGUUCUUUGGUGCUGAGAAUCUGCCGCACCUCACACAGACACUCAGUCCUGCGUUUGACCCUUGGCCAACACACAUCAAGGCUCUGUGGAAGAACACCAAGUCAUCUUAUAAGCCAAACAGAGAAGAAAAUGGAGAUAUUGUUGCCCUUCUACAGGCGACUCAAUCAGCACUGGAGCAGCUGCAGUCAAAGCAACAGCUGCUGCUGGCCUGCAACACGGAGCUGGAAAUGCUGAAGGAAGUGUCAGAAGCUUCUGAGUCGGUGAGCGAGGAGGUGAAGCAGCUUCAAACGCAGCCUCGCUACUGGAGCCGAGGAGAGAAGCACACGUUACCCGAUCAACUGGAGAAGGUUAUUGGGCGAAUUGGAGGCUUUCUGUCUCAGCUUAGUUCAUAACGUCAUUCAGAGGGAUGCACUCAUCAGAUUCACUGAGGAGGCUCUGGUGGUGUUAAGACGGAGACAACACAGCUUGGACGUGUUUCACAGAGGUGUAAGGGACAGACGUGUGUGUGGUCACUGCAGUCAGACACCCUGUUUAAUCUGAGCAUGACUGACAUGUUGUUGUGUGAAACAGAAAGUGUCACUGUUGGUGAGUCGAGAGUUUUUACAUCGUUUUUUUUUUUUUUUUGAGAAAUCAGUGAUGACAUUAAACAUGUUGCUAUGCU